AGAAAACUCUCAUUUCAGCUGUGUUGUCCUUUGAGGGUGCUUAGUUUUCUUUCGUUUAAGGUAAAUUUCAUAGUAGUUUUAUACCUCGGCCGUCCUUGGACGAGUCUUAGCUAUGCGUCGUUUGAAAGUUAAGGUAGUCGGAGAUGGCAACGUGGGUAAAACGUCGUUUCUUGUUCGCUGGUUCCACGAAAACUUCCCAGAUCAAGAUGAAACUCCAUUAUUCCCCGGUCGCGAAAAGAUUUUACCAUCUGUUCAAGAUCCUUUCUUCACAAACAUGACUGUGGACCGAGCUAAUUAUGUACUGACCUUCUGGGACACGAUCAGCGGAGCGGAGUUUCUAAAAUUUCGCCCUAUGGAGUACGAGGAGACUGACGUUUUUCUUGUCUUCUUUGAUCUCUCGAAUCCGACUUCUUUUCAAAAUGUGUCUACUGUGUGGGUUCCCGAAUUAAAGCACUACAUGCCCGGAACCCCGAUUCUGGUCGUUGGGAAUAAGACCGACCUGCGGAAAUCGAGGUGAGGAUGAAAUUUCUUUACCUACUUUUUCUUAAACGCUUCGAAACUGAGAGCAGGCAACGAGCCGUUUAGUUUUCAGUUCAGGUGUUCUUGUUCCAACAUCCGCUUCAAUCGUUUUUUAUUAUUUCCUUGUAAUAACGACUCACUUUUAAUUUUCUUUCUUAACCUAGUCAAACUGCUGCAGGUCACAGUAUAAGGGGUUUUAAUACUUGGCCUGGAGCAAAAUUAUAUUAACAAUCAUAAGCUUCGAAAUUGUGGAUUUCUUGUACCGCCCCAAUCGUGUAACUUACGACUUUUAAUAGCUUGGUUAUGUUAAUCGAAAAUUCAUUAAUGUUUGGUCGCUUGAAUUUAUUGAACUGAAGUUUUAAUAAAGAUUGACGAUACCUUUGAAGAUUGUGCCGGCUUAUCGAGUUGGAGCAGAAGCCACAAAACUUCCGCGUAGAAUUUAGACAGCUAGAAACGUGCGUGUAGGUCUUACUAAUGUUUUUCUCGGGGAAAUAAGCUAAACAUGCUUAAUGUAAGAAUCACAGGAAAGUCGAUCAUCAAAGCUCUUCGGAUUGGCAAAUGGUCAAUUUAUUUAGUUUGAUGUCUUCUGAGCCAAAUGGGUUUUGUAGGUUAAAUUGUAUUCGUCAAAAUUCGGAGCGAGUUAUAUUUUCAGAGGCCGGUAAAUUUCAUGCCGUCAUUUGCGGCAUAAGCAAACUUUUCACCUUCCAGUUAAUUAUUGUUCGCCAAGAACAAUGAAGAUGCCUACAUUCGCGGCAUGUCUGCGUUCUCAUUUUCCUUCGAAGCUUAAAAACAACUAAAAAUUAAAUAAUAAUGGUUUCUUCCUCUCUACUUUCGUUUUCCGUUGACGUAAGCUUAUUCCCUUGGUUUCGACCGUGAUCAUGUUAAUAAUCAUUUUACCUUGAUAUGUAACCUUCAUUAAUACUUUUAAAGGAAAGUUGUUCUCAUUAAUCUAAAAGAGUUGUGUGGACUAGCUAGGCUUUGCUUUUCUCAAUCCAGCUGCUAAUUUUUCACGCGGCUUAUUAGUUUUCUAAAAACCAUUUAGCCACAUCAAACAGCCCUUGAAUCUUCAGGCAUUUUACGAGCUUUUUUUGUUUAUUUACAUUGUCUGUAGUGUCUACACUUGAAUUGAUUGGGUAUCGCCGACCGUUUAAAAGAAAACUGAAAAUUAUAUAUUUUUUAUGGUUUACAUUUCUUCCAAUUCUGCUUUGAUAGGAUUUUAUAAUUUAGACGUAUUGCUGCCGUAGAAACCAUUCUUUUACGAAAAAAAAUGGCAUGUUUACUUUAAUAACACUGUGUAUUAAUUUCCAUCUCAUGCAAUGUAAGGCACCACGACCAAGGCUGUAGAUAAGUUUGCUGGUUUCAGCUGUAUCGAGUUUCAAAUAAGAUCAAUAUCAGAAAUAUUAAUCCAAAUGACCAGGGAAAAUUCAGCUUUCAAUACAAAACUAAUUGACAUAGAUAAAAAAAAAUAUCAUUCAUUAUUAUUCUGAGUGUUAUUUUUUGGCAAAAUAGCAACUAACACCAUGUAAACUUUGAAUGUACCGAUCAAAAGAAAUCAUUAAAAUGAAUGAAUAGUUUAUCCCAACAAUGAGAUAUUAAAAGAUAAAAUAAUAUCACCACAGGAAAUUACUCCUAAAUGAUAAUAAACGACUGUAAUUAGAACCUUGAUUGUCAACAGCAAAUAAACCGAAUACUAAUAGUGCCAAGUGAAAAAAAUGAUCAGUAAUUUUCUGUUGAUGCUGCAUUAUGCUUUGAAGGAAAUUAUUGUUGACACUUUUACACAUAAGAGAACCUUAGUAAAUAAAAUUCAGAAAAAAUGAUGAUUUCAAUUUGCUCGGUAGCACCAUCUAAGCCUAAUCUCCUGAGUGGGGACAAUAGUAUUAAUAAUGAAAAAUAAAUGGCACAGGGUGAAACUGCUUACAUGAGAGGAUGUCAUUCACAGGUACAAAAGUUUGAACUACAUCUCCUGUCUCCAAAGUGAGAGAGUUUGAAUUGAUAAUAAUCAGGUCACACUCAACAGAUUUAGAAGUUGCCGAAACCUUUGCACAUCAUGAUGAAAAUACUAAGUUGUCUCUAUAGGUGUAUUACCUUUCAUUUAAAAUUUACUAAAUACAGGGUUGCCAUAGUCAGGGAAAAGUCAGUGAAAAAUGAAAAUUUUUCAAGGUCAGGGAAAAGUUAGGGAAUUUUUUAAAUAGUCAGGGAAAAUCUUUGAUAUUGUCAAAAUCAGUGAAAGGUCAGGGAAUUCUGUUUUCUUGUUUAUAGUUCAUAAAUUGUCUUCAAGAUUUUGAAUUGUAUUGUCUUUCGGAAAAGAUGAAAAGUAUGCUGCAAAGCAAGGAAAGCGAUCAAUUUAACACUCUACGUCUGACACAUGUUGUAGUUGUGGUCAGUGGUUUUCAUUGUGGAUGCUUUCUUCCAAAUUCCUUCUUCUUCUUUCUGCAAAAAGCGGAAAGAGGUUAAAAAUGAAGAGAAAACUGUUUAUCAUGCUGUACAAGGUGGUUCUAGCUUUGGAGUCUUUGAGUUAAAAUGCUUAAGUGUGACCAUUCAAAUGAAACUUUCCUAUGGUGAUGCUUAUUAUGCUGUGCAAUGUGGUUCUAGCUUUGGGGUCUGUGAUUAAAAUCCUCAAGUGUGACCAUUCAAAUAAUGCUUCUGCAUGCAGUUCUUUGCUGUGGUGCUGUUUGUUGUGCUACACAAGGUGGUUCUAACUUUUGAGUAUGUGCAUGAAAUCGUAAAGUGUGACCAUUCAAAUGAAAGCUAGUGAGCAGUACUUUGAUGUGAUACUAUUAUAUCAUUAUCUGAUACAAAGUUAAAGCCAGAAUACAAAUAAAAAAAUGAUAAUUAAAAAUGAUGAUUGACAGAGUUCACUACACUUCUGCACACACUCAAAUAUCAUUUUCAUCAUGGCAAAAAAUUCAUUUUGUAAUUUUUUAAAUUUAUUUGAUUUUAUUUUUUUUAGAACUUCAGCUUGUACAGAACAUUACAAAAAUCACUGUUGUACAAAGUUACACACUGUAUUUACUUACGUGUAUGUCUGCAUAAUAAUACAGUAUGUCAAGAAAGUUCAGCCUAGCAGUUUUGAAAUAAUACUUGACCUUUAGUAAUUAAGGCAAAAGGAAAAUGAUAUUGAAGCAAAAUAUGUUUUUAAUUCAUAAAUGUUUAUGAUAAAGAAAGAUAAGAACUUAAUAAAAGUUCUUGUUUUAUUUUUGUAUUCCAUAUUUUAUAUUAAUAUUUUGGAGAUACCGUCAGUAUUUUCUACUAUACUAAUAUUAUUAUUGUUAUUAUUGCAGAGUAGUUUGUAUGAUGCCAGUAUCUCCAAAAUAUUACUAUUAUUACAAAGAUGAUUGUAUAAAAGGACAAGAAUGGCUAUGAGCACAAGAUUUGACUGAAAGUUUUUCUGCUUAUUUCUCAAAAAAAUAGACAGUCACUCUGAAAAGCUUCUUUAUACUUUUGAUUCACCAAAAGAGAUAGCUCUGUUAUGUUAAUUGAAGGAGGUUGAGGUCUCUCGUGAUUGCAAAAUAAUGAAACUACUAAGAUUUGAUAGGUUGUUUUCACCACUACAACAUUCUCGCUAAAACUUGUAGCAGAGUGACAAUGGCUACAACAUUUUCUCACCAAAAUGACAUGACAAUCAUGGGCAAAAGGCUUGGGACACUUUUGCAUUUCGGGGAGUUUUCCAAUAAAAUUCGUACAGGCCCAACCCAUCCCCUCACCCCACAAACAAUGUUGGACGCAUGAAUCCAGAAUUUUCUCUGAGUUUCAACUUUGUAUAGGGUGGGGGGAGGGAGAACUGUAAGAAAAUUGCGAAAAGGAUGGCACACUGUUUUAUGAGGGAACCGAGAAUGACAGAAAAAUACAAAUAUUGCAUUACUGUCCCAAUGACUUUUGUCCAUGAUUGCAGUUCAUGUGUAAACACUACUUAGUAUUGAGAAAAUCUCAUACUUGUAGUCAUUCUCGUCUUAGUAUCUAAAGCCGGUCUCUAAUAACUGUCAGCCUUGUACCUGCUAGCUACAGGUUGCCCUAGGGGUAGGCUGUGUAAAACAGACUUUCUUUGCACACUGUGUUCAUGCUUGUUUUUGUUUCGUCAUCAGCAGUGCCCCAGAUAGCAUGAUCACUGUGUCAAAAGGCCGUGAAUUAGCAGAAAGACUCGGAACCUGCUACUGUGAAAGCAGUGCUGUUACGGGUGAAGGUGUAUACAGCGUUAUUAACUCUGCUGUGCGAGUAGCAAUUCAGAACCAAGCUCCUGCAAAAACAAGGUUCAAGGUUUUUCAGCGGCAGAAGAAAGCUCCAAAAUUGCUGCGACAUGGACCAGAUCCUCCUGUGCUAUCUCCCCCAGGUUUGUAGAGUUAACUUGUUUUAACCCUCAAUUUUAAGCAUGAUCUCAAAAUUGAGCUUGCCCUGAUACCUACAUUAAUUUUGUACAUCUAUGCAUACUCUAAUAUGGGGUAUAUUUUGUCCUUAAGAAAGCACACUAAGGCCCAUUACUUCACAGUACCCCUCAAAAAGGGCCAUUAACUACAUGGUUGAGGGUGAUUUUGUUUAAUACCUUUGUGGCCUGCAUCCCUGACACAUAAAAAUCUCCAAAGACGCAAAAUAAUAAUAAUUAUUUAUGGCAUGUAUUCAGAUCGAUCUGAAGAUGUGUUUGUGGAAUAUCCUGUUUGUUUGAUUUCUAACUAUAUUUUGAUUUCAUUAUACUUUAAUAAAGAAAUUUUGGAGUCUGGCCUCAGAUUAACUGUCUGGCCCUGGUUGUUCAAACAUUGGAUAGGGCUAUCCACCAGAUAAAUCACUAUCUGGCAGAUAGCGAAAUUGAUUUCCGUAAAACUUAUCUGCUGGAUAGAGAUUUAUCCGGUGGAUAACGCUAUCCAACGUUUGAACAACCAUGGCCUGGUUACAUACAGGCCCAAGUAUUUUCAAUUCAGGAUUCAUCGUUUUUUGAACUGGGACUCAUUGGUUCCAGACUGGGACUCAAAAUAUUUUCACAAGAUGAAUACCCAGGACUCACCAUAACUAUUUGUAACAAAAUCACUGGGUUAAAAUGUUAGUGAAUAAGAUGACUUUGCUUUAAUUUAUUUUUUGAGUUUCUUAGCUUUUCAUGUAUACACAGGAACUUGAAUAUUUCAGGCUUUUAUACAGAUUAUUGCCAAAUGAUCUAAUAGAUGCCCUCUCUCAAAUUAACACCCACUGUCUCUUAAACGCCCCAAGGUUUAAAGUUUGUAUGUGAUGCCCUGUCAAAUAAACACCCUUGCCUAAGAAAUGCCCCCUGUCUAAUAAAAUAAUGCCCCCUGUUUAAUAAAUGCCCCCUGUCUAAUGAACACCCCCUGUCUAAUAAAUGCCCCCUGUUUAAUGAAUGCCCACUGUUUAAUAAACACCCCUUGUGUAAUACAUAUAAAUGUACCCCAUCUAAUAAAUGCCUCCUGUCUAAUAAAUGCCCCCUGUUUAAUAAAUGUCACCUGUUUAUUAAGCACCCCCUGUGCAAUACAUAUAAAUGCUCCCUGUCUAAUAAACACCCUCCAUGAUAGUUGCUCCAAUUUUAAUAAACACCCCCUGUGUAAUACAUAUAAAUGCCACCUGUCUAACAACGUCCAUGAUAGUUGCUCCAAUUUUAAAUGUCUGUUGUCUAUUAAAUGUCCCUGCUUCGGGUCCUAAAUUCCGGAAAUUCCGGGUCAAUGGUGAUGAUGGUACAAAAUUAAUAUGUCUUGUUUCCUCUGCUUUGAGAAAUUGGAUCAGACAGUAAAUCUAAGUAAUUUUGAGUACAAAGAAACAGUGACAGAUGGGAUUUUUUACGGUUAUUGUUAUCAAAUGUUGCUUUUUUAUAUCACCCAUUAAACAGAUCCAAUGCCACCAGUUGAAAUUUUGCCCUCCACCUUCACUGAGGAUAUGAAGAAAAUGCAAAACGACACUAGCCCUGGAAAUUCAGACAUCAGGCUUGUCUUUGGUUCUAAUAGCCAUCCAGUUGAAGCUCAUAAAAUCGUACUCAGUAUAGGUUCUUCUGUGUUUCGUGACUUCUUUUUGAACAAUGGAGACCAAGUUGAACUCAGUCGAUUACUAAGUAAUGCUGAGUCGUGCUCUUGUACUAGCAAAGAAACCAAACAAAGUGGAAAGAAAGGCAAUGUAAAAGAUACUAGCAAUGGAAACCUUCAAAGUCUAGUUCCCGCUCAUCAAAGCUCAGAACGUUCACCAAACCUGGAAAGAAAGGCCAAAGGAAAGACUAAGACAUGCUUACAUUUUAAUAACAGUGUUUCUGGUAAAGCUUUUCAAUACGUGCUAGAGUUUUUGUAUUCUGGCUCACUCAAUAUUCCAGGGGAUGCUGAUGAAUCUCUGUACACCAAGAUCACAAGCUUGUCUCACAGACUGCGCAUUCCUUGGUUAGGACAGAUCUGCGAAAACAUAACAAAUGGGGAAAGCUACCUCAACCCCAGCUUAGUGGCCAUUAUGCAAGAGGAGAGGAACAAAAUUGUCAAGGAGAACUUUGUGAAUCGCCCACAUUUUUCAGAUGUGGUGUUUCAUGUUAAAAACACUGUUUUGUAUGCUCACAGAGCAUUGUUAAUGGCAAGGUCAGAGGUCAUGGCAGCCAUGUUUGGUGGUAGCUUCUGUGAGCGAGAUAGCCAUGAGGUAGGUCUGCAUCAUUGGAAUGCUGUCGAUAAUAGGCCAUUUUUGAAUUUUAAAAUCCAUACUCAGCUCUGGGGCUGAGAGGAAUAAAACAAAACAAAUGAAUUAUUUAUUGCUGAAUCUAAAUGCAUUUUCUUUUGUUUCAUACCCUUUAGCCUUGAUGCUAAGUAUUAAUAAUUCAGAACUACAGCUGUAGUCUACUCUAGCUUAAAAGGGUCCUCUUGUGAGAAAAAAUGUCUUUUCACAUUUUGAGUGAGAAGCCAUUUAUGCCAUGUUAGGCCAUGUUGUUUCAUGUUGGAAUUUUACCCUAACAGAACUUCACAAUACAGUCAAACUCUGUUAAUAUGGACAUCAAGGGGGCCACAGAAAAUGUCCGUAUUAACAGGGUGUUUGUAUUAAGCAGGUUGCAUUUGAACACAAGGUAAGGGCUUUUUUUCCCCAGGGAUAAAGCAAACUGUCCGUAAUGAUGGGAUGUCCAUUUUAAGCAAGUGUCCAGUAAGCGGGGUUUGACUGUGGUGUUGACUGUCGAUAUAACCCGGUUAACUUAAAGGAGCUGUAUCAUGAUCUUUAGGUUCAAAAUAAUACUUACAACCUUAAAAACUCAUUGCAGUCAAAGAUAACCCAACAUUCAGUUUAGCAGUUAACUCUGGUCUAAAAUUACUCUUGUGGAAAGCGAGGCUGAAUUGCCGACUAGGAGAAGCUGAGUGUUCUGGAUCUGAGGUGAGCAGUUUCAGAAAGAUGGGUGGGGGACAGAACAAUGUGGAAGUAAAGGAGACAGGUUGUCUAGGGAAGAUAGAUAUUCUGGAGGAGAUUUGUUACUUUGAGAUGGGUUGUCUGGGGGAAUGGGAGCAGUCUGAUGGGUGAACUUUGAGGGGGAGAUGGACAGUCAAGGAGGCUCUGUGUUCUUGCAGUGGUGUGGGAGAGAUGUUUAGCCAGUGAGGGUGGGAUGGGCGACAUGUAUAUUGGGGGAGAUGAGUAGUCUGGAGGGGGAUGGAUUGUCUAAGGGAGAAAUAUGCGUGACUGACCAAGUUUGAGGUCAAGAUGGCUGGAUAUUGGCUGAAUUCAUUUUUUGUAUAUUUAAGGACUGAGACUAAGUCAAGGUCCAUUAUAAGAAGCCAAAAAAGAACUAAGAUAUUAUCCAGUAGGGUUCAUACAGGUCAUAGAAACCUAAGUCAUGGAAUUAAAGCAGCUCAUUUUCCAGGCAUGGAAAGUCAUGGAAUUUAAUAGUCAGUCCUUGAAAGUCAUGGAAAAUUACAGUUUAUUUUGAUUAGUUACUGCCGGUGAUAAGGCAAGGACAUUGUAAGAUAGAGAGAAGUGAUUGAACAGUGUGAAUGGCAGGCAUUCUGGGGGACACCACAGUUUGCGUCUGUUGAACUGAUUAAGGUCCAAAAAUACCCUAAAACAAGGAAAGUCCUAAAAACUUUUUAAAGUGACAGCUAAAUCUAACGUCUUCGAAAACUUUAAAAGGUCAUGAAAAAAGUAAUGGAAAGUCAUGGAAUUUGUAGAGCUCAAAAGAGUACCAACCUAGUCCAGCUUUCUUGACCAAACAAGCUUGGUCAUUGAGGGAUUUAUUAUAUGGCCUAUAUGAGAACUUAUUUCUUGUGGGACAAAUGCAGGAAAUCCUGAGCAAGGAGUUAGGCCCAUCUUGCCCGUUUGAACACAGAUUUGCCAUAUAAUAAAACAGAAUAGUGUUUGCAUAAUAGGAGUUGCAAAGUGGUCAACCCAAAAGGAAAAUUGCAGAGUCCAAGGAUAUCUUGAACACCAAGCCAGUUGAAUUAGUUGAAUUAGUGUUUACUUUGACUCGCUUAUAUGGUUUUAACUUGAUGUUGCAGGUCACCAUUAAAGGAGCAACUGUAAAGAGCUUCCUGGCUUUGCUGGUGUUCCUGUAUACAGAUGAUGUACCAAGCGACAUGACUAUCAAUGACUACAGAGAGCUGCUUGUGGUGGCUGACAGGUUUUGCCUUCCCCAGCUCAUUUCAGUCUGUGAGUCAGCCAUCACAGAGAAAAUUUAUGCAGAGAUUAGGAAGAAACGUCUGAACUCUGCAAAAUGCAAUGAUGUGAUCAACUUACUUUUGAUAGGGCAGGUAGGGGUUUAAAUAAGCUGUGAUUCAACUGAUGGCAGCAUACAAGAAUUGUUCCCAAACCACACUUAAAUUUCCUUAGAUCCUUGUAAAUUUUAAUCUCUUUCACCUCUUAUCAUGGUAUGUGCCAGUAUACCAGUAAAAGACAGAUUUGACAUGCAUCUUGGUAUUAGUACUCCAGAUUUCAUGUGACAGGGAUGAUCGAAGGUUUUUGGGGGAUCUGAAAUUUUCGAUUCCAGGAUUAUUUUGGGGUAGGAAAAUUUGGCAAGUAUUUUUUGGAUGGCUUGAUUUAUGUACUAGGGAUUUUUUUGGCUAUUCAGAACAAUCUGAAGAUUCGUAUCCUAGCCUUGUUGUUCUGCGGUUAAAGUACAACCAAAUUAAACUUGGUUUCCUUUCUGGAGAUUUUUAAGGGCUCAGAAAUUCGGCUUGUGAUAUUUUGGGAGUUAAAUUUUGGUCCAGGGAUUUUUUGGGGUUUUGAUUUUUUGCCCUCAUUCAAUCAUCCCUGUCACUUGAAAUCAGGAAAACCCCCUCGGGUGAGGGUGGGGAGUGGUGAAGGGCCAAGGUAUAACCUUACUAAGUUGCAUGAAAACAAGUCUAAAAAAAAUUCCUGAUGAGUCAAGGCCAUGCUCUAAGAAAUAUUAAAAGGAGCCCAGUGUUCUGAACUUGUAAAAUCCAGGGUGCGUUAGCAUAGGAUUUCUAGGGAAAAACUAAGACUUCAUAGUUGCCAAAGAACAAAAGUAAGGCACCAUGACCACCAGGCUCUUCCUGUGCCGAUUAGUCCAGGACAACUAGAUUUUCCUGCCAGGCAAGUUCUUUUUCUUGUUCACUUGCCCAAGGGGUAAGAGCCAGACAAGUAAUUUCCUAACUAAAUCAUAAACUAAGGCAUGCAUUCAAAGACCCUCGGCAAGCAUAUUAUGUGGAAAUGGCUGUCCAAAGGACAAGCUGGAAUCCAAUUUUUUUUUGGCCUUGGAAAGGUAUUGCCUUAUUAUUUUUGACUCUGCAUAAUGGUGUGUUCUUUCAAAUGAGCCUUCCAGCUGUCAUCUUCUUUCCUGGACCAUUCUUUCUGACCUUCUCUGACUAUCAUUGUAGGCCCACAAUGCACCUCAGCUCGCACAAUGGUGUUUGUAUGUGAUCACUACAAACUACCCUGAUUUUGAAACCUGUGAAGACUUUGAACUGGUCAAAGGGGACAAUCGCCGGCAUGUUUUAGAGCACCGAUGGCCACCUUUGGCCUACUUGAAAGAGCUAGAAGAAUUCAAGAGGAAGACUGGAAGAGCAUAAAUUCAAGAAUAAAGGAUAAGUUGAAAUAUUUUGCUAGGUCCCAUGAUCCCCAUGCUAAGCCAUAAUCUUUUUUGAUAACUAAAUAUGCAACAAUCUGUGUCGUUACUGAGACCAAAGUUGGUGUUUCCUGUGCUCCAUUAUUGAUGAUCAUUGUUAGACAAAAUGCGUGGGCUUGUGGAGGUGGCACAUGAGCUAAUAACUGCAUUGAGCCAUGUUAGUAAGCCAUAGCCAUGCUUUUAAAGUAAUGGAAAUGAGAGCUGUUUGUUAGAAUCUUUAAGCUUUGCUUUUGCUAAAACAGCAACAAAACAGCACUGGUUAUAGGUGUAGUUGUAAAGUGGACAUUACAGAGAAGACAGGUUCAUAACCAGAUAUUAUCAUGCAAUCUUGAAAAUUAUUUUGUCGUUGUUGCACUACAAUGCGUUACAAAGCAAACUUAUGAUAGUGAAUAACAAAUCAAGAUAUUGUCAGGCCUGAUAUCUCGGAUCUGACAUGGGAUAAAUUUAGGUUUUGGGGAAACUGCGCACCUACCCCUCCCCUUAGCCAACAUUAACACCUAAUUCUCACUUAAAGCAAAAUGGUGGCUAAGGGGUGGGGUAGGUGGGCAGUUUCAAAAAAACCUAAAUUGAUCAGCUCAGACAAAUACAGCGUCUGUGUCAUAUCUGUAUUGUUUCCUUAUCUCUGACCUGCAGCGUAAGAGGUAAAAACCCAUUCUUUCCAAUCGGAGCUAUAUUAGCUUGAAUUCUGUAAAAUAUAGCCAGAAAUUUGAUUGUACAAAGGUUAAAGGUUAAAAAUUAUUUAAUAUUUAAUUUACAGCAUAUUUAGUUAGGACGGCAUUUAAUUAUAAUAAAAUACAUUGUUCCAGAGGAUGUUUAAUCAUGCCCUUUGGUAACACGGAAGUUUCUGUACCAACUUAUCUACUUGUAAGUAUUUUUGUUUCCAGUCAAUUGUUAAAAAAGCAUCAGGCCCCAUUUAUCUAAAACACUUUUUAUUGAAAAUGAUGAAUAUAUGAAUUUUAUGUAUUGAAACCGCCAAAUGAAGAUAUUUUUGCAAAUGUCAAGGUUCCAAUAGUUUUAUCUUUAACUGCAGUGAUCACUUUUGCAUUAAUUUUUUUUCUUCAUUUUGCAGUUCCAAUAUAUGAAAUUCUUCUUUCUUCUUUGCCGGGUAUAUUACGAAUCAAUUCAAUGACCAGCUCCCAGUUUGCAUUCUACCUCAGUUGGUAGAGCACCGCACCAGCAUUGCAGAGGUCAAGAUUUGAAUCCCAGUAAGCCUAAAUGUUUUCAGGCUUGCAUAAGUUGUAUCUUUAACUGCGAGGAUCACUAAAUUGAAAUUUUUCACUAGUCAAAUCUAAUCCCUUUAAAAUUUAUUUUAGUACAAGGUUUGCUUCUGAGUCAACAAAGUAGAGUAUAUUUGAUUCUAAAUUCAUUGCCUGGUCUAAAGUCAUGAAUACAACCUUCAAAAAGCCACAUUGACUAGUUCACAUUAAUUUACAUGGAGAACACUUCAUGGAAGAGGUUAGAACCAAAUGGUUUCAAAAAAAUAAAUUGAUAAACAUUCUGAUAAAAUAGUAAUUAGAUUUAUCUGAUUUCUUGGUAAUCAUAAAUUUCUUGUUUUUCGUGAAGUUAUAAUUCUGGGACAGCAUUAGGUAUGAAGGAAAUAAUUAUUCUUAUCAUGUUACUUAUAAGGAAUAAUUAGGUAUGAAUGAAAUUCUAAUCAUGUUACUUAUAAGGAAUAAUUUUAAUAUUUUUUCAGCGUGAAAUAUUACUCUUGUACUUAGUGUUAGCCUCCCACGCAGGCAUUUUUAGGGGAGCUUGUUUGUGGGGAGGGACAAAAUACGAGAUCUCUUAAAAACGCCUGCAUGGAAUGCAAGCUUAGUGUAUGCUUGGUAAGAAAUUCAUUUCUUGCUUAAAACUCAUAUUCGCCAGUGUAUUUAUUUAUUCAUUUAAUUUUUUUACACAAGCUUUUAGCAGAAGACAUUGUUACUGAAUAUUGAUUCCCCUCAAACAAAAUCAGGGAGGGAGACUUUCUCACCAUUAUUUUUUUUUUAGGGGAGGGGGUGUCUGUACACAGACUAAAUUCUCUUUCAAAAAGUUUUCUGUGAAUUUUGGCAAUGUUGAUAAGUAUUAGGCAAAAUCCAAAAGGUUUCGGCUGUGGAGUUGUGUAAUUUGAAAGGGUUCAGUUCUGCUCUUAUCAGAAAAUGUAAAGCGUUUUCUUGGAUAACUGAAUUGGUGCCUAGAGAAAGUCUCUUUAGUGAUAUGUGAUAUUCUACUAAAUUCUCCUUACAAAUUACCUUGUAUUUUCUUGGGAAGUGAGAGGAGAAUUUUGUUAGAUCAAGACUUGUUUAGAAUUUAUGCUUUCCUUUAGUGGAGAAAGUGACAAUACAAACCUUAGACUCAAUGAAUUUAAUUCUACCAGGUGAGGAUAAUUAAGUAUUAAACUGUAUUCUUUAAUUGGCAGAUGGUUCUAAAAAUAAAAAUUUCAGCAAAAUAAGGCACGCCGUACAUGUAUUUUUAUAUGAACUGUCUAAUUAGAUUUUUUAAUGAAGACUUUAAAAACAUAGGCAAAGAAUUUACCUCAGUAGUGAUAAAUGAUGUCAUAAACUUUGAAUGACAGGUGUCAGUUAUAUUUGUACCCAUAAGAAAAGUUGCAUCUAAUUAGCUAAUCACAUUCAUACUUAAUAAUCUUAGGAUCAAUUAUCAGCUAGCUUUUACAAUUUUUUCUCUCGUCAAGUCCUAGUUUGUCUGAAUAUUAUUAUAAGCUUAAGCUCGCCCGUUGCGAGAUAUGUGAGCAAGGAUACUUAGUCAUAACUUGUACCAUUUCAUCGCUUCUCAACAGCAUUGUUCUAUGUACCUUCCAUACUUUGUAAAAAUCUAACAUUGAAGGCGAAUUAAAAUAAAAA